GCGGGUUGGGUUUGUUUUUUUUGCCGUCCUGGAGCGGUCACGGUUGGGGAAGAUGGCGGUAUUCCUCACGUGUCGAGGGAUUGGUUGUGUAGGCUGUACGGGUGCGGGUAAAGGUGCCCGGAUGCAUGGGCAGGCUGAAACGUGUAGGGAACGAGAAGUGUCGAAGGGGGAGGAGGGGGGGAGCUGGUCGGGCCGGUUGUGCAUGCGUGGCGGGGAGCGAUGGGAAUGGAGGGCAAGCAGUCAUUCAUUCAUUCAUUUCAUUCAGAAAGGGGGGCAUGGAGGGGGAGCUAUCGGAAUGGAGGGCAAGCCGUCAUUCAUUCAUUCAUUCAGAAAGGGGGGCAUUCAUUCAGAAAGGGGGGCAUGGAAGGGGAGCCAUCGGUGGGAGUGCAGUGGCAGGCGGGGCAGUGGAAGCCAUUACAUGCUUCAAAUUCAAUAGAAUCAAGCACAGGAGUUGCCUGGACAGUGUUCAAGCAGAGGGAGGGCGGGUGUUGAAGCAGACAGAGGGCAGCGAGGAAGUGCCAGCGAAAACGUUGGUUGGACGGAAGCCUCGGAAGGUCGUGGUCGAGCAGACGGAGGGCGGGUGUUCAGGAAGCUCGGGUCUGAAGAUCAUGGCAUCAUCUAAUACUUCUUCUAGGCGCAGCGGCCCGCUCCCGCCCCUUAAGCACAUGCACCAGCGUGAGGCGGUCAACGACACGCACUGGACAUUGGCAAAUACAUAUGGCGACAUCCGCAACGAUCUUCUCCCUUUGCUACGAAGAGGCACAAUCUACAAUGUGGAGGACGGCUAUGUUCUGCCAGAUAUUGGCACACCUCUCACAUUCACACGUACAACAGGUCACAAAUAUUAUGGCAACCCAAAUGCUAACAUGCGGGCGAUUCAACCGUCUCUGCGUAAAGUCGACGAAGCUCCCAGCGGUGACAACCCCACAGUCGAAGAUGAUAAUGCGGCAGCACGACCUUCCACUGCUCAACCACAACCCCUGCCGGCCAACCGUCCACCACAUGCCACUUGAACAGAAAUCGCCGCCCCGCUUCUGACCAUUGCCAGAGAUGGUGAAUGACAUCCGCGAACGGCGACAUCAGCCAUACAACGACACUUUUGUCGUUUUGUGAAAAUUUCCAUUUCCAGUAACGUCGCGUCGUCAUCGACUCCAAUGAAGCUCUGCCGGGCUCUUUUUCGGCUCUCAAAAUUUAUCAGAAACGGUCCGGUCGCCGUCAAGUCUAAGUCCAGUAGUUGAACAAGCCUUAAGAGUGGGCGACCUGCGGAAGGCUGUGCAGGUCGUGGCUGUGCUAUUGCGAUCCGCAACCAGUGUUUCCUCUUUGGGAAUAUUAUAUUUUUUCCCUUUUUUUUUUCACCGAAUGUAUUGGGCAAGGGAGAGGGGGGCGUAGCCCCGCUUCCUGGCGCAGUCUGUCUUUGGCUGCAGUGAAUGUGGACUGAAAGUGGGUCUAUUGUUUGUUUUUCCUUCUCUUCAUUUUUGGAUGGUAUCCAUGGGGCAAGGGCCCAAGGGGGAGCAAAGCACGAUGUGUGCGAAUGUGUGCGGUCCACAAAUCGUGACAGAUGCGUCUGACUGAUGGCAUGUCUGUGCAUUUGCUGCAUGGUGAGUGUGUGACGAACUGGUGGAAAGCGAGCGAGCAGGCAGGGACUUCUCACCCCCCCCUCACGCACGCAUAUAGGCACAG